CCACCUACAUCUGACGUGGGGAGGGUAUUUAGGCAGUCAAGGUCCCUCAUUCCUCGGACGUUGUGAUGCUCUGUGCUGAAGAAGUGGUACAAUGGCUUGGUUAAAGGAUUUUGUUGGUAAGGUGGGAGAGGAGUAUAAGAAGCAGGUUCAGUUACAGCAGCAACAAAGGCAGAGAGAGUCUGGGUCUUAUGGACAAGGAACGAAUCAAGGACACCAGCAGGGCGAGUAUCAAAGAGGUUCACCUUCGGGAUGGCAACAGCAGUAUCAGACUGGGCAGUCUCAUUAUCAACAACCUCAGACUCAGCACCAGCCUCAAUCACCACAGUACCAACCUCAACAGCAACAGUAUCCACCUCCACCAUCACCGUAUCGUCCAUCGAGUGCUCAACCCUCUCAGACACCUUCACAACCUCACACCGCGCCACCAACAACACAACCACCUCCGCAAACUUACCCCCAGAGUCCAUACCCCCCUCAAGCACAUACCCAACAGCUAGAAGCCCAAUGGCGCGAAGCAGAAAGACUCGCAGCGCACUACAAAGCAGAAUAUGAGGUGCAAAUGAAGAAAGCCACACAAGAUCUCGCCAGCAUGCGAAUUGAGCAAGAAAAGCAGACUCGGGAGUUAGAGAAGUUGAGAGCUGAGGAGGCGAGGAAUUAUCAGCUUGCGGAAGAGGAGCUGGUAAGAGAACAGCAGAGGUUGUUUGAUGAGAUACAGAAACGGAGACAGGAGGUGGAGAGACCUCCGUUACCGCCGAGGAUCAAUACGGAUGUGGAGGAUGUUGCGCCGCCUUUGCCGAGGAGACCUGUUUCUACAACUGGGAGUGUGAGUUCUGCACAACGGCCGGUAUCAUAUGCAGCUACGCCGGCUCAGAACUCAUAUCUUUCGCCGCAGAGUCAAACACAAGUGCCCUCUAGUCCUUCACAGGGCUAUAUACCACCUCCUCCACCUGGACCUCCUCCUGCUCAGGCUACGACUCCAAUUCAACCACAGGCUGGUGAGCUUUUGUCACCUACUGUCGUGUCUCCUGAACAGGUUUCGCAGCGGACACCAUAUUGUCCUCCACCCCCGCCGAGCCCUCAAGCACAACCUUCAUCUGGAGUUCACGAGCAGACAUGCCAACGGAACUCAUAUCAUGCGCCAGCUCCAGCCAGUCCCCGACCGCAGCAGGCAAACACUCCAUCAUAUCCACCACCUCCACCUGUCAAAAGCCCACCUCAACAACAACCUAUCGCUCCAAAAUCCUUCUCUUCGCCAAAGACCCCUCGCGUCAGAACCCCUGAGCCAGCAAAGCUGCAUGCCUGUGGUGCAAAAGCAGGUCUCGAAUGCUCAGGCGCACUGACAUCCUUCCCCCAACACUGGUUCUACCACGCUGCGGUACCAGAAUUCGUCAUCUGCGCUCGCUGCUAUGUAGAUCACAUCUACGACACCAAAUUCAGGGACUCGUUCAGAAAGGUCUUCUACGACGAUGGCCACAAGCGCAGAUGUCGUUUCAACACCAGACGUGUCAAAGAUGCAUUGCUUCCUGAGGCCAUUGAGUCCGGGAGUCUUGACAGGCUUGUCGAGUUCCUGGGGAAGAGAAUGAGUAUCAAAGACUGCAGAGAACAAAACAUCACCGAGGGAGAGUCGUGGUACAAAGCAGCUGACAUUCCAAACGGGACAAUUUGCGAAGCUUGCUUCGAAGACGGUCUCAUAACUUCAUCAUUUGCAAAGUAUUAUCAGCUCUUACCCAACGAAGGCGGUGCUUAUUGCGAUCUAAGCGUGUGGUUUCUCAAACGCAAAUUCAUAGACUACGCGAAAGAGAACAAAUGGGCCCAAUUCUGUCAAGAGUUCAACCAGCGCGCGCAAAUACCGGGCUGCCCCAGGAUCGAUGCUAUUAACGCUAAUGAGCGUGUAUGGUACAAGCCCAAAAAUGGACCGAGUGAACUGCAAGCGUGUGCAGCGUGUUACCAUGAUUACUUCUAUGCCUCUGAAGAUCAGGAUAAAUGGCAGCAGGUUACCGGAGGAAACUUCCAGACCAGGUGUAUUCUUGGACAGUUGAAUCACAUUAUUCCAAUGCAUCAGGCACUGGAUGAUGAGGAUAGAAGUCUCUUUUGGAAUGCAGCGUGGGAGAUGGACAAGUAUCCAGUUUGCAACAAGGAUGGAACAAAGGGAAGUUCGUGGUAUACGCCGAUCAACGAUCCUCCCGGCUGGGGAAUAUGCGCAGCGUGUUAUGAAGGUAUCAUCAAACCCAUUGGAGGGUCACGAUGGUUUAUGAAAGACAACGGCACCAAGCCAGACGAAUUAUAUCUCUGCGGCUUCAACUUGGGUCAUCCACGGGCGUUUCAGGCUCUCGAAGCAUACGUCAACGCACGCAAUUGGGGAGACAGCAAGCUCUUUCUUGACUGGACUGCACAAUGGGGCAAUGUUCAGCAAUGCCCGAGAAAGAACUUCAGCAAGAAUAGACGAUGGUGGGGAUGGGGAGUCUUGGCGAUCUGUGAAGACUGUUACGCUUCCUUUGCAAAGGGUACAGCACUAGAACCUCGCUUUGCGCUCACUGGAGUGAGAGAGCCUGAAAAAGAGCGUAUGUGUGAUAUCUACUCACCGCGCAUGAGAGGUCUAUACACCGAAGCGUGUAGAACUGGGGAUUUGCAAGGUCUGUUAGCCAUUGCAGAGCAGAGGCAUGUUGUCUAUACGCAGACAAUCAUGCAAUGCGAGCAAAUCCUCAACCAGCAGAAGAUAGCAGCCGUGCAGGCGCAGAUGUUAGGCACGCAGGGUACAUUUUACAAGAGUAUGGGAUGGAGUCAAGAUGCUGUUAUGGGACAUAACUAUACUGUUGGGAACUCGUAUGCUGGGUAUGGACAUGCAAAUGAGUGGGUUAUGCAGGGGUAUUCGUACGAUAGACAGUCAAGAGAGGCUGCAGCGGAGGUUAUGAGUGGAGGGCCUCUGAUGAGGAUACAGAUGCUUGAGGCGAGAUGGAGAGAGGUUGAGUAAAGAGUAUACAUAUAUGACAAUGCUCUCAAAAAAUAAUGACUUCAACAGUAAAGCUACAGAUGUGUAAAG